AUGACCGCCGUCGACGCCAGCCUGUCGUCGUCUGCCCACGUCGCCGUCGCCUCGCACUUCAACCGGACCAAUGUCUCGACGUGGCCCGUCACCGCCUUCCUGGUCUGCUCCAUCACCGUCCAGCCGCUCUAUGCCAGCCUGUCCGACUGCAUCGGCCGCAAGACCAUCUACCUGUCGUGCGCUGCGCUGUUCCUGCUCGGCAUCGGCCUGGCUGCCGUCGCGCCCUCCUGGACCUGCCUGAUUCUGGCGAGAUGCGUCUGCGGACUCGCCUCGUCGGGGUUGACCAUUAUGGGCUCUGUGGUGUUGACGGACCUUGUUGGCGUGAAGAAGCGAGGCUAUUAUCAGUCGAUGAAUUAUGUCAAUUUUGGAUCAGCUUCAGCGCUCGGGUCGGUUUCGGGAGGUACCAUUGUCGACAGAUUUGGUUGGAGCUGGUUGUACAAGAUUCAGCUCCCUUUUGCCCUCGUCACUCUCGUCAUGGUGUAUUUCUUCAUACCUUGGACAAUCGAGGCAUCCGAGGACACGAGUUCGCGUGAUGACACAACAGAAGGCCGACGUCUCCUCAGUUUGUUCGAUUGGACCGGUGCUCUUGUUCUCGUCAUCUCUCUCCUGUUGUUGGUGUUUGUUUUGGGGACCGCCGGGAACGUGCUCCCCUGGACGAACCCUUUCGUUUUGCUGGCCUUGUUUCUGUUCCCCUGUACGGUGUACGCCCUCGUUCGAGUCGAGGCAAACGCCCAGAAGCCAGUCCUUCCUCCGGUCCUGGUUCAAUUUCCCUUCAGGAACAUUAUGAUUAACGCCUUCUUUCUAUCCAUCAUUAAUUACAUUGUCAUGUAUAACGUUACAUUCUUCUUCCAAGCCGUGUUGCUCGAGACUCCAGGGCAAGCCAGCACUCACCUUGUCGCGCCUUCCAUCGCCUUCACGAUUGUCAGUGCGAUUUCUGGGGCGACGAUUGCUAGGCUUGAAACCCCCAAGCCAACAUUACGACUUAGUCAGGUAAUGCUGCUGUGUGGUGCGGCAGGGCUCAUGGUCAUGGCAACCAUUCUUCCGAGGACCGAGACUCCGGGUGCGCUGUAUAACCUCUGUCUCGCGAUGCCGAUUCUGGGCGUCGGCAUGAUGGCUCCAAGUGCGUUGCUGCUUCUGCUCGGAAUGAGCGAUCGCAACAACCAUGCUACUCUGAAUGGUGGCUUCAUCAUGAUGAGGUCCCUGGGCGGCUUCACAGCAACGUCCAUCAGCACGACCAUUGUGCAAAACGUAUUCCAACAGACCAUGCGGCCAUUUAUGACUUCGGAAGAGAUCAAAAAGAAAAUUGAUAGAGUCCGCUUGAACAUGGACAACUUGCAAACUCUAGAGGAGCCACUCCGGGCUCAAGUGGUCAACGCAUAUCGUACGGGUUUCAUCGUCCUAUUCGGGCUGGUGAUUACCCUGUCCGUUCUUAUAAUAUUUGGCUUCAUUGGCGUUUCCGACGGCCAAGUUGUGCAAGAAGCGCCAGACACUGUAGAGCCAGGCAGUGUGACGGAGAUGGAGGACCUCAUGGGGGACGCGGACGACUCUGACGGCUGA